GCUGCCGCCUCCUCUGCUGCUGCCGCAGCCGGGUCUCCAAGUGCACGGUGGGUACCCCCAGUCACUUCCUACAGACCAAGCCAAUCAGGCAGCUCAGGAGCUAGCAUUUUGGCAGUUGCAUCCCAUUCUCGCUCCCCCCCCCUCCGCUGAGCCCGGGGGCUGGAGCGCGGAAGCCGCUGCGCGAGGUCUAGUAUCCCCGGCUCCUAAUGGCUCUCCCGGAAUCUCUGGCCCCAGGGGCAUGGUGCCUGCAGACCCACUAAAGUGGGAAGGAGUGAAAGAGAAGAGGGCAGGCCCCGAGGGUGCAUAAUGAAGGUCCCUAUGGGCAUCCGGAGGCUGAGGUGGAAGCUCGGUAGGCGCUGCACCCUCCUCUUCGUUCUCUUCUGGACCGUUUGCUGGUUGCUAGUGGCCACACUUUUUCUCCAAGUCCACAGGAGCGUCUUUUCUGAGCGCUGCACAGACGAAAAGAGCCGGAGGAUCCUGGCUGGGCUGUGUCAUGACUACCAAGUGGGCAUGCUGAUGGGAGACCUUUGUGAAGAUCUGUGUAUGGCUGGCAAGCUGAUGUACCAGCGUUGCCUCUACUAUGAGAGGGGCAAGAAGGUUCUUCAGGCCACUUGGCAUGGCCAGCCUAUUGUCCUAAAAUCCAAGAAAGAGGCUUUCUCCAGCUUCCAACCCCUUGACUUGUUGAAUGACGAGGUGGAGGGUAGCAAGGACUUCCCUGAGGAAGAGCUCCUCCUAAUGGUAGCCAUAGAGGUCAAGAAUGUCCUGGGUUUGGAGAUCUCCAACAGCACCAUGGGUCCCCUGUGGUCAGGGAGAAGGGGGCCUCGCUGGAAGGUCCAGGUGGCCAGCAUGUGGUCAUUGCUUCAGCAGGAGGAGUAUAUCUACUUCAGCCUUCUACAAGACUUCAGCCGCCAUGUCCUGCAGGUGCUGGGCUCCUGUGGCCACUUCUAUGCAGUAGAAUACCUUGCUGCAGGACAUCCCCAACACAGAACACUUUUUCCCCUGGAGGAGGCUGCUGGCAUCCCCCUUGUGAGUGACCAGGGCCAGGCAAAGGCCAUUAAUAACAUUGCCCUUAGUUUCCUGGACAUGGUAAACCAUUUUGAUAAUGACUUCUCCCAUCGCCUUCACCUCUGUGAUAUCAAGCCAGAAAACUUUGCCAUAAGGAGUGACUUUACAGUGGUGGCUAUUGAUGUGGACAUGGCCUUUUUUGAACCUAAGAUGAGGGAUAUCCUUGAACAAAACUGCACAGGAGAUGAAGACUGCAACUUUUUUGACUGUUUUUCAAAGUGUGAUCUCAGAGUCAAUAAAUGUGGGGCCCAGCGAGUCAAUAACAACCUGCAGGUGAUCUGUGACAAAAUAUUCCGACACUGGUUUCCUUCCAAUUUCAGAAGCUCUGCUGUCACUUUACAGCUCCAGGAGCAGUUACAAAAGGCUGUGCAUGAAUGUGCAGAUCCUGGAAUCCCAGAAACGCCCCACCACCAGAGAGUGUCUCCAGACUCUUUCUCUGAACUAUACCGAUUGCUUCAAGCUACUCAAAGGGAACUUCAGAAAUCAGAGGAUUAGCUUUUUCCAAUGACUCUGUGCUGUUUCCACUGCAUUUCUUUGUUGCAAGUUGUCCAGCAGUAUGUUUUGAUUUUUGUUUUUGUUUUUUACUAUGCAAAUGAAACAUCCAUGAAGAUGCUAUGGAUAUUACCAUGGCUCUUUGAAGUGUGAAAUUGCCUUAUGUUAUUUCAGUCCCAGCUUUAGCCUUUUUGAUUUGUACUUCCCUCCAUUCUGUCUCUUGCCUGGUUUGAUUUACCUAAGCUGUUUGAAGAACAGGGUGAUACAUAUAAACACUGGCUCUGGGGUCAGAAAGGAAGUGUGGAAGAGUGGACACAAAGAUAAUUGAGGGGGGCACUCAGUUGGUAAACAGCCAAAAUCUGUCUCUGAAGAGAAUGGUAGAUACCCUUUGGUUUUCUCUGAUACCCCACAAGGAGGAACUUUAACUCUGUGUGGUCAUUUAUAGUAAAAAGCAAUAGCACAAAAAAAAGGUGUUGGGUAUAUUUGCAGAGUUUGCCAACCUUAUUUAGUGCUCAUUGCUAAGUGAUCAACUGAGCCAGCAAAGGGAAUAAAUUUGUGCUGGAGUGAAAAGUUUUACCUAAACUUGGGAAAAAAAUGUGGUACCUUCAAACAAUUGAGAUUGUGUUGGAGAAGAAAUAAUCUAUCAUAUCAUUC